UUUCAUAGGUACACAGACACACCACAAAUUCAGAAUCGGCACGGGAUCUCAGAAAGAGCCCUGGUAAGGGAUCGACCCUUCAGAAUCUGUCUCCGGUGUCCCUGUUACCAGUGAGGUGUUUUAAGCUACGCUGUUGGCACAUAGGCCUCGGUCAGUGCUGCUUUCUGAAGAUGAGACGAAGGGGAGGAGAUGGGUACGGCUUGAGAGAAAUGCUAUAAUUUGUAGAAGGAGGAAAAUUUGGCUGGUUCAUCUGCACCAAGCAGAGAUAAUGACAGAGAAUAGAAUCCCAAGAAACUCCUGAGACUACCCUCAGCCCCAGAGCUCUAAUCUGAAAGCCGCAUGCAACUUUAAGCAAAUCACACCCCGUCCCUGCCCAGGAAAAUGCUUCUGGGAAUCAUGCAGCAUUUGCCUCUUCUUGUCUCCAAGGAAGCUCUGUCCUUCCAUGGAGCCUCCAGUGAUUCUCAACCUGUGGGUCGCAACCCCACAGGGGUCGCAUAUCAGACAUUUACAUUACGAUUCACGACAGUGGUAAAAUUACUACUGUUAGGAAGUAACAACGAAAUAAUUUUGUGGUUGCGAGGUCAUCACAAUGUGAGGAACUAUAUUAAGAGUCAUAGCAUUAGGAAGGUUGAGAACCAUGGCCCUGGGUAAGGCGUCUUUCCCAUCUUCUUAGUGCAGACAGCAGGCUCGUGGCAUCUGGGAAGACUACCCUGAGAUGGGACAUGUAGGAGUUUUCUCAGAGGCAGAAAUGGGUACCCCUUAGGAGAGUGUGUAAUAAAUAGCUCAGCUCUAGUCAUGAAAAUCAUCAGGCUGGGUUCGAGAUGUAGACUGCUUGUCUAGUAAGCAGGAAGCCCUAGAUCCUGUCCCCAGCGCUGUAUAAAGACGGGUAUGGUGGUGCACAAGUCUGCAAUCCUAACACUCAAAAGGUAGAAGCAAUGCGAUCAAAAGCUCAAGGCGAUCCUUGGCUACCUAGUGAGUUGGAAGCCACUCUCUGGGCUACAUGAGACCCUGUCUCCAAAGAAAAAAAUAGCUGCAUUGGAGUUGUUGUCUCUUUUCCUGGGAUUGGGAAAUACCAAUACAGCUCACAACUCCCUCCCCACAUCCCUCCUUUCCCUCCUCCUCUCUGAGUUUCUUCAGGCGAGAAGAGGUGGGGCACCCAUGCAUGUGGGCGUGGUCUCAUUCCAGCCCAGCUAGAGCAAGCUCUGAGGCCAGAGCCAGCUCUGAGGCCAGAUCCACUGAGCCCAACUUGCACCUGCACCCACACCUCCCCGAUUGCCCCCUCCCUACCCUGAGCUUGCCCUUUCUGAAGCCAUCAUGUCCGUGACCAAGAGUGCUGGGAGUCCCCAGGUAGCCACCACUGUCAAGCUGGACCUCAUGUCUUCUCCUGAGAGUACCAAGAAGGUGGAGAGCCAGGAUCCUAGUCUCAUGAAUGGAAGCUCUUCAGAGACGUCAAAGAAGACCAAGGGCAUAACAGGGUUCCAGACAUUGGUUCAUCUGGUCAAAGGCAACAUGGGCACGGGGAUCCUGGGGCUCCCCCUGGCUGUGAAGAACGCAGGCAUCUUGAUGGGCCCGCUCAGUUUGCUGGUGAUGGGCCUCAUCGCCUGCCACUGUAUGCACAUCCUGGUCAAGUGUGCCCAGCACUUCUGCCGCAGACUCAACAAGCCCUUCAUGGACUAUGGGGACACAGUGAUGCACGGCCUGGAAGCCAGUCCCAACGCCUGGCUGCAAAACCAUGCCCACUGGGGGAGGCACAUCGUGGGUUUCUUCCUCAUCGUCACCCAGCUGGGCUUCUGCUGUGUGUACAUUGUGUUUCUGGCGGACAAUUUAAAACAGGUAGUAGAAGCUGUUAAUGGCACAACCAUCAGCUGCCACUACAACGAGACCCUAGUUCUGACGCCCACCAUGGACUCACGACUCUACAUGCUCGCCUUCCUGCCCGUUCUGGGCCUUCUGGUCUUCAUUCGGAACCUCCGUGUCCUCACCAUCUUCUCCCUGUUGGCCAACAUCAGCAUGCUGGUCAGCCUGAUCAUCAUCGCCCAGUACAUCGUCCAGGGAAUUCCAGACCCCAGCCAGUUGCCACUGGUAGCAAGCUGGAAGACCUACCCUCUCUUCUUUGGAACAGCCAUUUUUUCAUUCGAAAGCAUCGGCGUGGUCCUGCCUCUGGAAAACAAGAUGAAGGAUGCCCGCCGCUUCCCAACCAUUCUGUCUCUGGGGAUGUCCAUCGUCACCACCCUGUACAUUGCCAUCGGGGCCUUGGGCUACCUGCGGUUUGGAGAUGACAUCAAAGCCAGCAUCACUCUUAACCUGCCCAACUGCUGGCUGUACCAGUCAGUCAAGCUCCUGUAUGUUGUCGGCAUCCUGUGCACCUACGCCCUGCAGUUCUACGUCCCGGCGGAAAUCAUCAUCCCCCUUGCUGUCUCCCAGGUGUCAAAGCGCUGGGCACUGCCUGUGGAUCUGUCCAUCCGAAUCGCCAUGGUCUGCCUCACAUGCAUGCUGGCCAUCCUCAUCCCACGCCUGGACCUGGUCCUCUCCCUGGUGGGCUCCGUGAGCAGCAGCGCCCUGGCCCUCAUCAUCCCGCCCCUGCUGGAGGUGACCACCUACUAUGGGGAGGGCUUGAGCCCCCUGACCAUCAUCAAGGAUGCCCUCAUCAGCAUCCUGGGCUUCGUGGGCUUCGUGGUGGGGACCUACCAGGCCCUGGAUGAGCUGAUUGAGUCUGGGAACUCUCUCCCCGUGUCCAACGCCACUGUGCUUGUUCAGUGACAGAGCCUCCCCUCACCCACGGUGACGUACGUUGUCUAUUGUUUCACUUCGCCUUUUCUCUGGUCCACGACGUGAAAAAACAGGACUCACCAGAUACAAGGUGUAGCUGGUCAUUAAAAAAACAAACAAAAACAAAACAAAAAAAGCCAAAA